GCUAUCAAGUCAAACCCCCACACACAGUUUCACAGAACAAUUAUUAUGAGGUCACUCUCAUAGGAGAAGUCGUUUACAGACUGUAUAGACGGUAGUAGAUCUCCUUUGUUGAUAUAAACCCACUAGCUGUUUCUCAAAGCACUUUCUCGAGCGGUGAACUGGAAAGCAGUGGUAUAUAUCUGAGUACGGUAGGGAUAUGGUUUGAUGCACAAGAUAAUUAUCAUUACUCAGGGACGCGCCUUUGGGGAUACACACCAAACACUUGAAGAUACGCCGCACAGGACAUUGGAUGCAGAGCUGAGCAAUAAUACAUACAUAUACUGACCGUGAGUAUAGGUUACGUCCCUUAUUAUAUGAAUUACAUCUUUAACCAUGAGUUUCUCCUGGGAAUAUCUGUUCCUUUCUUUUCUGGGAAUGCUGACCAUCACAACGGCUCAGUAUGCAAGUGGAGCUAGUCUAAAUAGAGAUCUGUUCUCCUACUAUGACAAGGAUCUCCCGCCAAGCUAUGGGGAAAGCACGACGGUCGAUAUGAGUCUUUCAUUGGAGAAGCUGAAUAAACUGGACUUUUACAAAGGAACCAUUCAAAUGACUGUGACGUUGAAAAUGAUGUGGAAGGACUUUCGUUUGCGAUGGGAUCCGGCACAAUAUGGAAACAUAAGUGAUAUACUGAUCCCUUCAUCAAAACUCUGGAUUCCUGAAAUAAGUCUAUACAACAGUAAUUCGCCAAGUGAGAUGCUAAAAGGUUUUUCAGCCCACGUGUACAGCUAUGGAUCUAUCUCCUAUCACCCAUCCAUGAAGAUUGAAGCGGACUGUAGCCUUGACUUGAAAGACUACCCCAACGACACCCAGACCUGCCAGCUAGUUUAUGGAUAUGGGAUGUUUGAUACAAGUAGAAUAUCCCUCCGAUCGACAUCAGAUACAAUGCAUCUCGAUGAAUACCGUGAAAACCCUCUUUGGGAGCCGUUCAACACCUCGGCUGUUAAGCACACUCGUGAGUUCGUAUGCUGCGAAGAGGUAUACGAUGAUAUUACUUACUCCUUGACUGUCAGGAGAAGAGAGGGUCAUGGUCGAAUCGUCUCCGCCGUUGGAAUGGAUGAUGGGAUGCAUGGGAGCAUGCAUCCAUCAUAUUCUGUUAAUAGAGGAGGAGGAGGAGGACGUGUACACGCAUCUAAUCAAGCUGAAGACAAAUCUAGCGCGUUCUGGGUUACCUCCAUGAUCACCACGUGGUUGAUUCUCACAGUCUUCCUGGUCGGCCCGUCAUCGGCUGGAAUACGGAUCAUCUUCGGGGGCUUUAUCAUCGUAGCCCUGGUUGUGCUGUCGGUAGCACUCAACGCACAGGUCGACAACUUCCCGGAGACGAAACUAGGUCGGUUCCUCAUGGGAGGGAUGACGGUCACCGCCGUCGUCAUCAUCAUCAACGGCCUCGUCCACCGCUGCUACCCCAAGGAGCACCCAGUGCAUUUAAAUGACGGAGAGCGCUCUAAAUCUAAGAAGCUCCGGAUAUUUGUGUUCAUCGACAUCGUCGCCUUCUUGAUUACAGUCAUCAUACUGGGGACAUUAACAGGCCUCAUCUUUGCCUAUUAAGCAAUACAGCAGGAGCAUCGCUACUUCACUAGAACAAAUUAAACGUGGGGAGGGGAGGGGUCACCUUACUGGGGACAGGCCACAUCUUCGCCCAUUAACUAAACAAGAGAGCGUGUUGCUACAGCAUUUUGAACGGGAGUGGGGUCGUUAUUUUACUGGGGACCUGGGGGUAUUUCACAAAGAUCCCAAGUUGAACGUAUCUCUAAGUUGGACUUAAACAUUAUGGAUAGCCGUUAGCAUCACUGAAAAUAUUUUGUAAAAGUUAAUUUAAGAGGCGUAAAAUGAUGAUUCAAAUCAUUCAUAUAUUCUAUUAUUCAGGAGAUUUCAUGUUCUUGAUGUGGAAUUUUUGUAAAGUCUAAAAUACUUCAAUUUUUGCUUUUGAAUAUAUUUUAUUUUAAGGCUACAAAUGGCUCUCCAUAAUAUUGGAGUUAAUUUUAACUUAACUCUUUGUGAAACACCCCCAGGCCCCAUCUGCAGUAACCGACUGGGAGGCAUUUCUCCUGCACGUAGAGGGACGUUGAGUGAUCCGAAACACGCAAUUAUUGUACGAGGCACACGAUAGACAUUUGCCGUGCUGAUCAUUUGCUGUGAUGGGGUGUUUUGUAUGUGAACAUAGUACUUUUAUAUGUAUUUCUAAACACAUUGUCAAAAUCAUUGUAAAACGAUUGCAGUGUAUAGGCAUACCGAAAAUAAAAUGAAAAUAUUUGUGACCGUUCAUGAUUUAUCACAUCGAAGAUGACGUGUAAGUGAACUUUGGGGGGUUUUGUGCGAAGUUAACCAUUUUUUCCUAUUUGCAAAAUUAUCAAAUUUGAUUGACAUGAUUAUCGUCAUAUCAUGUAUUCAUACAUGUAAUAUAUCCAUUUUUAGCUAUCUUGUAAACAACCUAAGUGUACUAGUUAAAGAGCAAUUGAAUGUAAAUAUGUAUAUAACAAUUUUAGUAUCCUGUGUGUUAAGCUAUAUCCGAUUAUAAAAUGAACGUUUUCAAUUAUUUUUUUCUUUCUUUUAAAUACGUGGUUAUCAUUCUAUUCUUGAUUUUAUUUUCAUUUUUUUAAAAUAGUAUUUUCUAUUUAAAUAGAAAAUUCUAUUCACUUAUUUCUUGUAAGUGAUUAAGGAUAAUUCUUGAAUAUUCAGUUAUAUCAUGGGGAUACCAAUUAAUUUGUAUUUCACCUGUUUAUUUGCUUGUGUAUUUAUCUAUUUUGUAUUUGCUGCUGUUAUUUGUUUAUUGUUACCAAACAGAGCCUCAUGGAAACCACCAAAUUGGUGAUAUGUGCCAACCUGUAUAAAUAUCAGAAAAAUAAAUAAAUAAAUAAAAUAAAUAAAGAACAUCAUGGGAGCCAUAUGUGAUCACGAAAUGCUCUCAUAUCACAAACAAUUAUUACUAUAAAUAGUGUAUUGUCAUUAGCCAUAUAAUUUGUUUGCAUCAUUAUACAUAUAUAGUGAAGUGCAUUUCAUUGAUUGCGUUUAUCAGUAAGAUCAAAAUAAUUGUGUUAAUUCUCUCACCAAAUUAUCCCUAAUCACUACACAAUUCCCCAUCAAAAAAUUAUUUCCACAAUUGUUUUCACCAUGAAGUUUCAUGACCUGUACUGAAAUGCACUGUUUAAUCAAGGACCUUGGCCCCGUUUCAUAAAACUUGUUAUCAAUAACAAGUAACAAUAACCGUUUAAAGUUAGUUAAAUCGUGGUAUUAAUUGGCUGAGAAAAAAUUUAGCACUUGUUAUUGAUGACCUAUUUUUUAUAAAACAGAGCCCUGGUACGAUUGCAAAUUUCUCACUAUUAUGUUUAUGUCACUUUUAUGUCAAAAUGCUAUUAUUAUUAAGUUUUGGUUCCUCAUUCAAACCAUGUUGGAUUUAUUUAUACUAUGCUAACUUGCUAAGUCUGUGUGUUUUUCACUUUUAACUAAAGAAAUGAUAUCACGAACAACAUGCCGAGUGCAGGUAUGGGUAAAGGUAUUAUACUUCUUUUAUACUUAUUAGUAUUUAUGAGAGAAAUAUAUUGAAAUGAUAAUCAUUAAAUCGAAUAAUAGCAUUUGGAUUUUCAAAUUUAGUUGUUUUUCUUUUGUAGAGAAGCAAUAAGAGGUUGACUUGUCUGUAUUGGGAACGAUAACAACGCAAUUAUAAUAUCAUAUUUCAAAAGAGGUAUAUCUAAAAACGACAAAGUUCCGUGCAUUGUCUGUUUUUAAAACCUAUCUUUAUUUUACCAGGGGUGUUUUUUUAAAGUAAAUUGGCACUUCCCUUCAGUUGGAUGUGUUGUACGAGAAAAACAAGA